GUCGCGGCCGUGACGUGAUCCGGUGUCAAGCUACUGACGAGCCUAUCUUUCCUCGGCAGCAUCGCCAUCAUGGCAGACGAGCUACCUCCCCUGACACAAGCAUGCGCAGGCGCAAUAGGCAGCGCGGCUUCGAAUCUGAUCGCCUAUCCCCUCGACCUGGUGACUACGCGCACACAGACUGCGCCGACUCGCCGAGCGGACAAAGGCAAAGCUCGCGCGGGUCAAGCUGCUCAUCGGCGCGGAGAUGACUACAGUACCCUCGUUGGCGCUGUCAGGACGAUCUACGCUAAAGAAGGCGCGACGAGCUUCUACCGAGGCGUAACGAGCGACACUGUCUCGACUUGCAUGUCCAAUUUCUUGUUCUACCUGGCCCACUCGUUCCUGAGGACGAGACUGUUGCUGCGAAAGGAAGCAAGAGUGGGAAGCAGCAAGACGGGUGUCAAAUUAUCUGCGCCAGAGGAGAUCGCCAUUGGCAUGGUCGCAGGCAUCGUCUCGCGCUUCUUCACCAAUCCGAUCUCCAACAUAACAGUGCGGAAGCAAACCUCUGCUUCGGCAGCGCAAGCACAGGAUAAUUCAACAAGCGGCGCCAAUGUGCCCGGCACAGAAAUCGCACAGAGCAAGUCUGCGAAGGAGGACGAUAGCAGCAGUGACGAUGAAGAUGGCGACUAUAGCCCCGGGCCAAGUGCAAUGACGAUCCUGCGAGAGAUCUAUGAUGACAAAGGCAUCACUGGGUUCUGGUCCGGCUUCAAAUCUGCUUGCUUUCUGACUACAUCGCCUGCACUCACAUUAUAUCUGCUCGAAUUGUUCAAGCGUAUCAUCAUCCCACAGCGCGAUAUUGAUGCACCACGAGCUUGGCAGACACUGCUCGCAUCCGCCAUGGCUUCCUCGCUCGCCAAUACUGCAGUCUACCCGAUGAUCCUCGCAAAGACUCGUUUGCAAUGGAAGAGCCCCAGCGGAAAACACGUCUAUCGCAGUAUCACCGACGUCUUUGCCAAGACGCUCAAGCGACAAGGUCCCGCAGGCCUGUACACCGGUCUGAGUGCUCAGCUGGCCAAAGGACUCUUUUCGCUUCCGAUCACAAUGCUCGUCAAGCAGCGCGUCGAGCUGCUCAUCGUCGAGGCCUACCGCCGUGCUCAGAGAAGGCGCACGCUUAUAUGAUCUUCCAUGUGUUGUAACCUAUUCAAACAGUCAUUGGCCGGAACGCUUGACGCUGUCUCAGAUGCUCAAUGCAAG